AUGUCUCUAGUUCUCGAUGUUGUCCAGAAAAUUGUGUUGCAGAAAGCCUACGAUUUAACAUGUGAAGCAGCCAUUUUAGCCCUGAGAAGAUGUGGCAAACUCAAAAUAGAGGAUGCUAAGUCUAAAAUAAGGAAGGAGAAGCCAUUGCCCAUGCCUCCGGUUAAAAUUAUUUCCCAGGACAUUGCUUCAACACAGAAUAUUCAGGUUCCCGAGGCAAACACAACUCGGAAUUUUGUGGGACGGGACAUUCCUCGGAAGAACUUUGGCUCCAUCGAUCCCCCGCAGUGCUCCUGCAUGCGAGUGUGCCGCGAUAGUUACUUCUCUUAGAAAAUAAAACCACCAUCGCUUAAAAACAAUUGCAACUUUAAUAGAAUAGGAAAUAGCAAAAUUUUUAAAGGAACAUCUGGCAUUCCAUUUUGUAUCCGUACAAUUAUCAAAUGUAACACUAAUAACAGUUUUUUGUAGCAACUAA